GCCGAAAAAUGCACUAUAUCAACCCCACCCCCAACCCCCAACCCCCAUUAUCUCGUCCUCUCUACCCGCUACUCGCCCCCGCUCUCCGACCGCAGCCGAGAUCAUGUCUUGCUACAAGGGAAAAUAUCACGACGAGCUCAUCGCCAAUGCCGCCUACAUCGGCACUCCGGGCAAGGGGAUCCUCGCCGCCGACGAGUCCACCGGCACCAUCGGCAAGCGGUUCGCGGCCAUCAACGUCGAGAACGUCGAGACCAACCGCCGCACCUACCGCGAGCUCCUUUUCUGCACCCCCGGAGCCCUCCAGUGCCUGAGCGGCGCCAUCCUCUUCGAGGAGACGCUGUUCCAGAAGACCGCCGACGGCAAGCCCUUCGUCGAGGUCCUCCAGGAGGGCGGCGUCCUCCCCGGCAUCAAGGUCGACAAGGGCACCGUCGAGCUCGCCGGGACCAACGGCGAGACCACCACUCAGGGGCUCGACGGCCUCGCCCAGCGCUGCCAGCAGUACUACGCCGCCGGAGCCCGCUUCGCCAAGUGGCGCGCCGUCCUGAAGAUCGGCGCGGCCGAGCCCAGCCAGCUCGCGAUCAAUGAGAACGCCAACGGCCUGGCUCGCUACGCCAUCAUCUGCCAGGAGAACGGCCUGGUCCCGAUCGUCGAGCCCGAGAUCCUCGUCGACGGCGACCAUGACAUCGACCGCAGCGCCGACGUUACGGAGCGUGUGCUCGCGGCUUGCUACAAGGCGCUCAAUGAUCACCACGUGCUCCUGGAAGGGACGCUUCUGAAGCCGAACAUGGUGACUCCCGGAUCGGAUUCCGCCAAGGUGCCGCCGGAGGUAGUGGCGGAGUACACCGUCAGGGCUCUGCAGCGGACGGUGCCACCUGCGGUCCCGGGUAUAGUGUUCCUCUCCGGAGGGCAAAGCGAGGAGGAGGCAACGGUGCAUCUUAACGCGAUGAACAAAAUUGAAGGUAAAAAACCAUGGACGCUCACGUUCUCUUAUGGAAGAGCGCUUCAGCAGAGCACCCUGAAGGCGUGGGCCGGGAAGGAGGAGAAUGUGGAGAAGGCGAGGGAGGCUUUUCUGGCGAGGUGCAAGGCCAACUCUGAGGCUACUUUGGGGGCUUACAGCGGCGAUGCUGGUUCGGUCGAAGGUGCUUCAGAGAGUCUCCAUGUGAAGGAUUACAAGUAUUGAGUACCGAGUACGAGUGAUUUUAUUGCUUCUCUUUUUGUUCGUUCUGUUCCUAAUAGUUGCUUCAGAAACACCGACUGUUGGGCAAGCAGAUCAUAGUCAAUUGUCCAAUUUUUGUUUACUGAUGAAUUGCAUUUCAUGGUGAGUUUCCAUAGAGCCUCAUGUAAGAAUUGAGGUUUCUAUAUAUAGAUACAUGAACCUAGGUGUUAAUAAGUAUGUUUUUAUGGUCUGCUGUAACACCAUGUGCAAUGUGGAUGGUGUCUGAGUGGCAAAAGUAGCCCCCAUCCUCUGAUACUAAAUCAAUUGAUGAGAUUGAGUUCUUGAA